AAUGAUAAACUAUUCUGUAAACAGAAGUCCAACUUUGUUUACUUGGUGAAACCUAAACAAUUGAGUUGAAACUGCAAAAAGGAUGACCACGCUGUGCCGCACCUGUGGCCAGGAGGCGGAGCACGCCAAGGCACUUUUCGACAAGGAGGCCAGAGAUGUCCUGAGCAACAUCCUCAAGCUGACGGGCCUUUGGUUGAGGAACCUGCCGGGUGUGCCCACGAGGAUCUGUUUAUCCUGCUUGCUGGAUCUGAACGAUGCCAUCGCAUUCCGGGAGCGCUGCAUCAGAACCAAUUCGUCUUGGUUCGAAAAGCAGGGCAAACAAGAGGAUUCGGACACUGAGACUGCAAAGGAAGGCGGAAAUAACAGGGUAGAAAGUAGGGUGUAUGUUAUGCCCAUUAGUACUGCGAAGCCGCAAAGGAGGAGGAUUCUGCCACAACGCAGCAAGAAAGUGGAUGGAGUGACUCUUAAAACAGUAGAAACCCCAAUUUACCCUUUGAUUGUCCCAGAAAUACCGCCUGCCGAUCUCGUAGAUCCUCUCCAGAGCGAGCCCCUGCUUUCAGCUGAUUAUCCAGAGGAGUUCAUGAAUCACGAAGAGGCAGAAUCCAAAAUGCCCCAAGUCAUGAAGGAAGAGCCCAGAACACCACAAGUCAUCGAGGAAGUACGGAAAAAGCGAAGAAAACCGAGGAACAAAGGGUGCUUAGAGGAGUGUCCUGGCAAGGACAUGGCAAGAAUAGAGAAUAUUGACUCAAUUACCAAUAAGACAAAAGAGGACAAGUAUGCCACACGAAACAAAUGCGGAGCUGCCAAAAAAGCCUAUGCACUCGAGCACAGACUAUAUUUCUGCGACCAAUGCGGCAAAACUUUUAGCGAGAAGGGCAACUUCAAUGUGCACCUCAGACGGCACAAGGGCACCAAGGAGUUUCAGUGCCAGGAGUGCGACCGCAUGGAGUUCACCCAACACCUGCUCAAUUUGCACGUGCGGAUCAAGCAUCGUGGUGAGCUGCCCUACGUGUGCAAGUACUGCGGCAAGCGAUUUGACAACUGCCUCAAGCGUCUGAACCACGAGCGCAACCACAAGGAGAGUCCCGUCCACCGACCACACGUGUGCUACACAUGCCAGAAGGCCUUCAAGACUUCGACGGCCCUGAAGGACCACAGCGUGGUGCACACGGGAGAACAGCCAUUCCACUGCGAGCUCUGCCAAACGUUCUUCAAUAGAAGGAACGCCCUAGCCACCCACUACAAGUCGAAGCACCAUCGUCUGAAAGUUGAGGAGCAGUCAAAAAACACUGUGGGUGGAGAUGCUACUGUCCAGCCGGAUGGGUAAAUCGUUGGUUUCUUGA